UGUAGUGCUUAAAACAAGGUUCAGAAUGCCAGAAACAUCAUUGACAAAUGGAUAUGUAAACGGUCAUAUGCCGUUUGACAUGGAGCACGGAAGCAACUUCCUCUUCACAUCGGAGAGCGUCGGAGAGGGACAUCCAGAUAAAAUGUGCGAUCAGAUCAGUGACGCCAUCCUGGAUGCUCAUCUCCGCCAAGAUCCGAAUGCGAAAGUCGCAUGUGAAACUGUAACCAAAACUGGAAUGAUUUUACUUUGCGGUGAGAUUACGUCCAAGGCUGUCGUUGAUUAUCAGAAAGUUGUGAGGGAAACUGUUGAACACAUUGGCUACGAUGACUCCUCCAAAGGAUUCGACUGGAGAACACUCAAUCUGCUGGUGGCUUUAGAACAACAAUCUCCAAAUAUUGCAAAUGGUGUUCAUGAAAACAGAGAAGAGCCAGAUAUAGGGGCGGGUGAUCAGGGUUUGAUGUUUGGCUACGCCACAGACGAAACGGAAGAAUGCAUGCCCCUUACAGUAGUUUUAGCACACAGACUCAACUACAGAAUUGCCGAAUUGAGAAGGUCCGGUGAAUUCUGGUGGGCCAGACCCGAUUCCAAAACACAGGUCACUGCCGAAUACACAUUCAACCGCGGCGCCUGCAUUCCACAACGAGUACACACUGUUGUUGUAUCCCUGCAACACAGCGAGAAAAUCAGUCUGGACGAGCUGAGAAAAGAAAUCAGAGAGAAAGUCAUUAAACAAGUUAUUCCACCACAGUAUCUUGAUGAACAAACAGUCAUCCACAUCAACCCAUGCGGGCUCUUCAUUAUCGGUGGACCACAGAGUGAUGCCGGUUUGACCGGUAGAAAGAUCAUCGUCGACACAUACGGUGGUUGGGGUGCGCACGGUGGAGGCGCCUUCUCAGGCAAAGACUUCACCAAGGUGGACAGAUCGGCGGCGUACGCUGCUCGUUGGGUUGCCAAAUCUCUUGUCAAAGCCGGUCUUUGCCGAAGAUGCCUCGUGCAAGUUGCCUACGCCAUCGGUGUCGCCGAACCUCUUUCCAUCACCGUAUUCGACUACGGCACGUCCAAACUGUCGCAGAAAGAACUGUUGGCGGUAGUCAAAAACAAUUUCGACUUGAGACCUGGCAAAAUUGUGAAAGACUUGGAUCUGAGAAAACCGAUUUACCAAAAAACCAGUACGUACGGCCACUUCGGAAGAGAUGGUUUCUCAUGGGAAAAACCAAAGGUCCUUACCCUACCCAAUCAUCUAAACUGACAGCCACAACAACCUCCACCUACAUCCUAAGUUAAUCCUUCUCUUCUCUGUUGUAGCUCUCCUUGUUUCUGUAGAUAACCUGAUGGCACUCUGAACCUUGCGCCUAAUGCCAACAAAAUUAUAUGGCACACACAAAUACUGUGGACGUGGUGUCGGCCAGCCAGUGCAGACCACAGUAGCUUCUAGUAUGUCUAAGCCCACUAAUUGAAUUUGACUGGAGGCUGCUGCAAAUAGUGUAGAGUGAAAGGUUCCGUUCCCGCUAGACUUGUUUUCACUCCACACCUUGUGUUGUGUUUACGAAAAAGAAUCUAUUUGGAAAAGAGCAUUUACGAAAACACUCCGGUCUGUACCAGCUGCGCCAUGGAAGAGUAGAUGGGCGCAUCUCCAAUUUUUUUUUUCGUACAUGACUGGGCAUUUACUUAUGCUGCCAUGGAAAUAAGUUUUAUAGUGUAAUUUUUACAGUCUAAUUAAUUGGAAUUUUGAUCGAUUAGAUUAGCCAUGUAGAUUAUAGGAAAUUGUAUAGAUUUUAAAGUAACUAAUUUAUUAUAAAUGAAGUAAUGUUGUAUGCAAUUUGAAAAACGUCGUUGUAUAGGUGUAAUCCUUGAGAGAACAUUUUUGUAAAAUUUUUUCUUAAUUCCAAUCAUGUACGCAUUUUUUCAACAGCUUAUUUGUCAUUAUUUUCGAAAAUAAAAAGUAGCUGUUAAGAAA